AUGUACAUUCCGCUUCUUUCCAGUUUCCCGGCGGCGACUCCUGGUACCCACAAGACCGUCGGUAUCGCCUACGCUCGGGUACCCUGCGAGCCCUACGAGGUUGACUCGCCGACGAUCGAGGGCAAGCCGGCGUUGAAGACGUCGGAGUGCUCCUUCGCUAUCUACUACCCGUCGAGUGGCGAAACCGGUGGCGGUGUCAGCUGGCUACCGGAACCUACGUCGUCAGUGGUCGCCGGGUACGACAAGUUCUUGGGUGGCAAAGGCAAAUGGCUGAACUUCGGCCAGACUUGCUCUGCACUGGCAAGCGAAGGCUACGUUGUCGUGGCUGUCGAGCACAAGGACGGCUCUGCUCCUUGCGUCAUCUACCCAGAGGGCAAGAACACCGAUGCCGCGUCGGCAGAGGAGCCGAUGCUACUCUUCACUCGGUCGACGAACCUCACAUGGCCGGAGGACGGUGCGCUAGAGCUGAUGGACUUCCGAGUACUUCAGCUGCGAAUGCGGGUGCACGAGAUGCAACAGGCGUACAAGUCGUUCCAGAAGGUAUUGAAUGGCGCAGUUGUUCCGCAGGGGAUGGACGCUGAGCAAGCGUCCGCCUUUUCGGAUGCGCUCCGCGACAGUGUUGACAUGUCCUCUGUCGUCCUGGCCGGGCACUCGUUUGGCGGUGCGACAUGCCUGCGAUCGUACGACAAGAUGCCCGUUCCGGUGACACAUGUGCUGGCCCUGGACCCGUGGUUCGAGCCGCUGAUCCUCGGCGAGGAGAAGUACGGCUUCAAGUGGCCAAAGCCGCCACCCACGCUCGUCAUCAACUCGCAGGGCUUCACCGAGUGGAAGGAAGUGUGGCCCGGAGAGAAGCGGAUCUGUGCCACUCUCGGUGCGACGCUCGUCACGAUUGGAGGUCUCGGGCACCAGGGCUUCUCCGACUUCCCGCUUAUCACUUCGUGGCCAUCAAAGGCAUUUGGCAAUCUCGCACUCAUCCACAAGCUCAGCAUGGCCGAGCUGAACGGAGACCUGCCCGAGCUUCUGCACGAGAUCGGCAAGCGGGAAGUGUUCAAGGAGGGUAUCCUCGAGGGCGCCCCGUUCGAGGUCAUCGUGCACGACACACCAGAGCACGAGUCGGCGGACCAGGAUCCGACGCCGGCUUCGCCGCAGCUGAGAUUGCAGCGCACCCUCUCCCAGCAGUCAAGGGAGGGCGAGCCGUCCGCCGUUCCCACAGAAGGCAACCCAUAG